CCAGGUCUAGGGAAUCGAAUAAUCGCUGGACAAGCAGUGUGAAUUACGAUGAGUUUACCGGCGCGGCGGCAUUCCCCUUGACCUUCCCCGCAUUCUCUUUGACCUAUCUCGGCUUUAUUACCAUGAAUCACUGCAAUGAAGGCUUACCAAAAAAACGUCAUAUGCUCAUUUGUACCCGGGGCAGAUGCAAGGGUGAUAAACAUGGCCAGUCGCGGAGAACUCAGCAAGCUGCGUGACAGGGCUUGCUUGGCGUCGAUCUGCGGUCUAGAAAGCACGACCUGAAGAAACAAAGAGUAGAUCGCAUUGAUGGGUUCAAAUAUUACUGGGCGCCUGGCCUCUUUUCAUUUUAGGAAGUCCUAGACUCACCUCUACACCUUUUCAUGUCCUUGUUCACUCGUCAUUGGGCAUCCAUCGGAGGCUCGUAGAAUUAGGUGCAAUGGCUCGUCCACUUCUGCUGCUCAGCUUCCUUUCUAGUUUUGUUUAUAUAGCAUCAGCGCAAUGUCCGGACUACGAUGAUUAUGCUAAAACAACCCAUGAACCUUUUUCAAAAGGAAAGUAUGAGCUCUCGUAUCAAAGGCCGGCGCCAGAAUGUCGGAAGUUCAAUCUUUCCGAAGUCGAGGAGUCCAUCCAGGAAAUGGAGGGAUUGGUGACAGAUCCUGAUCUUUUCCGCUUAUUUCAGAAUUCUUUCCCGAACACAUUGGACACCACAGUAACUUGGAAAGGUUUCGCCGCCGAUGAUUCAACAGAAGAGCUCACUUUUAUCACGACUGGAGACAUUGUAGCCAUGUGGCUUCGUGACAGUGCGAAUCAGAUGCGCAGUUACAAGUCACUCCUAAAAGCCGAUGACUCUACGGACUCAUUAGCAUCGUUAUUCCGCGGCGCCAUCAAUUUACAGGCGCGGUACAUUCUCCGAAAUCCGCACUGUAAUGCUUUUCAAGCACCCACGGAGUCCGGACUUCCACCGGAGAGCAAUGGCUAUGGAGACACAGAUCAAGUGAAGCCACCGUACAAUACAAGCUUCGUUUUCGAGUGCAAGUACGAACUAGACUCAAUUUCAGCAUUCUUACAAUUAUCCUACGAUUAUUACAACAAGACCGAGGAUUCCGACUUCUUCGGCAAGUUUCAAUGGAUUAAUGCGAUUAAGACAGUUCUCAACACCACUCAGGCUUUACUUAUAGGGACUUACGCUGACGAUGGGUCCGUCAAUGAGUCGCCGUAUACUUUCCAACGAGAAAGCACCAGCGCAACAGAGACGCUUACGAAUUCAGGCGCCGGCAACCCCGUAAAAGGCGGAACGGGAUUGGUCCGCAGUGCAUUCCGUCCAUCCGACGACUCAACCAUCUACCAAUUGUUCAUCCCGGCCAACAUGCAAUUCUCGAGCUACCUCGGGAAAUGCGCCAAGAUCAUGGAGGCGCACGACGGGGAGCUAGCGCAGCAGAUGAGCGACUUCGCAUCCAGCGUGCGGGACGGCAUCGAGACUUACGGAAAAGUGCAACACGCCGUUUUAGGCGAGAUAUACGCGUACGAAGUCGACGGGUUCGGAUCGAGCAACCUUAUGGACGACGCCAACGUCCCGAGCUUACUGAGCGCACCUAUACUGGACUACCUAGACGCCUCGGACGAGACAUAUCAGAACACGCGCAAGUUUGUGCUUUCGACGUGGAACCCGUAUUAUAUGCACGGGCCUGUGCUGAAUGGUACCGGUGGUCCACAUGUCGGACCCGGAAAAGCGUGGCCGAUGUCAAUCAUCACGUCACUCUUGACUUCGGACAACGACGACGAGAUCGUCGCGGGGUUGCAGGCGUUGGUUUCGUCCACCGAUAGGCUGGGUUUGAUUCACGAAUCUGUAGAUACGUUCAACGCAUCCACAUGGACUCGGGAGUGGUUCUCUUGGGCCAAUGGGCUUUUUGGCGAAAUGCUGCUGGGACUGAAGGAUAGAAAACCUCAUUUACUCGGGACAAGCUUCCAGUAGACAGAUAGGCUGGGUAGAUAUGUGAGUUCUAGAACUGUAUAUACUACUGUAUGUAUGUAGGUAUGUAUAUGCGAGCUACCUAGUCAUUAGAGAUGUCAUUUAUAUUUAAUCGA